AUGCUCUUAUAUACAAGUAAGGCAGGGUCUGUCCUAAUAUCAAUCAAUCCUUUCAAAGAUGUACAACUUUGUGGAGAUGAUUUUGUUACAGCUUACAGGCAGAAGCUUGUGGACAGCCCUCAUGUGUAUGCUAUAGCUGACACUGCCUAUAAUGGGAUGAUGAGAGAUGAAAUAAAUCAGUCCAUCAUUAUAAGUGGAGAAAGUGGAGCUGGGAAAACUGAAACAGCAAAAAUUGCAAUGCAAUACUUGGCAGCACUUGGUGGGGGUAAUGGUGGCAUAGAAUGUGAAAUUCUUCAGACAAGCUGUAUACUGGAAGCAUUUGGGAAUGCAAAAACAUCCAGGAAUGACAACUCUAGCCGUUUUGUGAGUUCUACCACCAUCAUGAUUUAUAUAAGUGUAAGUAAGAUUUAUUAUUCCGAAGAAAUGCCACUCGACUUACUUAUAUCCUCAUCUGGUGCAGGGGAAGUUGAUUGA